UUUCGGUUUCUUUCGGUUUCUACUGUAUUUUAUGCGAUAUCAUGUCAAUUCAUUAUUGCUCAGAAGUUAUUCAAGAUCUUCAAAAAGCCUUUGAAAGCUGUGAUGAUUACGAUGUAAUCAUUAUAGCUGGAGAAGAUCAGCAAGAAAUUUUUGCUCAUUCAUUUGUACUUAGUACCAGAUGUUCAUAUUUUAAAAGAGCAUUAUCAAAUGAUUGGGAAGAAAGGGAUGAUGAUGGUAAUUACAUUUUCAAGAAACCGAAUAUCUCUUUUGAAGUGUUUCAAUUACUUCUCAGGUAUUUAUAUACAGGAAUUAUAGAUUAUGAUCAAUACAAUAACGAAGUGAUUUUGCAAUGCUUAGUUGCAGCUGAUGAAUUGGGAUUGAACAAAUUGAAUGAACAUAUCCAGGAGUAUUUGAUUGAUAACGAAGAAUAUUUGCAUAAGGAUCCAGUUAGCACACUUCAAAUCGUUGGUCAACAUGAACCAUUCGAAAAUUUAAAGGAUUACUGUUUGGAAGUUAUUAGUGAAGAACCUAGAAUUCUUUUUUCGUCUGAAAAAUUUACGUUAUUAGAUAAAUCAAUUAUUACUAUGAUACUUCAAAGAGAUGAUCUUAAUAUAGAAGAAAUUGAUAUAUGGGAGUCUCUUCUUAGAUGGCUUUUCAUUCAUUACUUGAAGAUCAAUAAAGAUGAAUCUUCAUGGUCAUCAGAAGAUUUGAGUAAUGUCAAACAGACUAUAAAGGAAUAUAUUCCGUUAAUCAGAUUCUAUGAUAUCUCCAAGGAAGAUUUUUACUUAAAAGUAUAUCCAUAUAAAGAACUCUUGCCUCAAGAUUUGCUUAGUGAUAUCCUUCGAUAUCAUAUGGUUCCAAAUGCUACUCCAAUGUUGAAUUUCAAGUCUUCUAGGAAUCGCAAAUUUGAUUCUGUUUUAGUGAAUAAUAAUAUAUUCAAGCUUUUUAUUAAAUGGAUUGAUAAAAAAGAUAAUAAAUAUAUUGGAAAAAGCACUCCAUAUCGAUUUAUUCUCCUUUUACGUGGGACAAGAGAUGGAUUUGAUGCUCCAAAAUUUCACCAAUUAUGCGACGGAAAAGACGCCACAAUUUCUUUUGCAAGAAUUAAAGAUUCAAAGCAAAUUAUUGGCGGCUAUAAUCCUUUACAUUGGUACCAGAAUAGUACAUACGCAAGUACCAAUGAUAGCUUCAUAUUUAAUAUAACAGAUAUUGAUAACCUUGAUACUGCUAAAAUAGGUCGUUGUAAUAAUCCUAAUAAUGCAGUAUAUUAUCAUCCUAACUACGGUCCAACUUUUGGUAAUGGGCAUAAUUUGAACGCACAAGGAAAUAACUGGCAUACUAGUAAUGGAAACGCGUAUCCCAACAUCAACUUGUCAGGUAAUUUUGCGAUUGAUGAAUAUGAAGUAUUUCAAGUUGUAAAGAAAAUUUAAUAUAAAACGAAGGAAUAGUUCAAUAUUUGAAUAGUUUAAAAAUUUUAUAUCUGAUAUGUUUUAUAGACUUAAACAGUUAUAACUC